UUGUGAUUGAUAGUGUGAGUGAGUGCGUGCGUGUGUGUCAAAUCAGAAAUAGUGUUCGUUCUUUAACACUACGAGCGGUGCUAGUUGCCCUUUCUCGUAUGUGUGUAUGUCAAAGAGUGGUUUCUUCUUUACAACCGCUCUGAUAAAUUGCAACUAAUGUUUAUUUUACAAAGGAAGUAUCCACGUUCUGCUUCUUAUUAAGAUUACACCAGAGGAAGAAGAAGCAGAGGAAGCAUAAGCAUUGUAUUUGAAUUACAAAGAAGAAGUCUUACGUACUGCGGCGCCAUGGUUGAAUCAUUGCUGGGACAAUGACAGAUAACAAUGCUGCUUUAUCCUCUUCCCGAACCGCAGCAAGAACACUAACAGCCGCCACUGGCACUACGGUUGUAGUUCGUAACACUACUGCAACUAUCUGCACUGCUGGUAAUACUGGACUUGGGACGUCUGGACCCUGUUCACCCCUAAGACAUUUGUCGUCUUCGCCUUCACCUUCACCUACAUCAACGAGGCAGAAGGCUACUAAAGAAGGUGCUGAUUGCGGCGUUUACAAUACAGAUCAGCAUCGAGAACUACCGCAACAGCUGCAGAAGAAGAAAAAGAAACAGAUGCAAACACCAGCGCCUGAGCAAGAUGUCUCACUACAUAAUCACAUCCCCCGUCAUCGUUCCCAACAUCAUCAGCAUCACCACUCUUCGUCACCUGUUCCCAAGGAAGCGACGGAUGCGUCUACUCUUGACUAUGUUUCCAGCUGCCCUGCACAGAGUAAAAAAUAUAUCAGUCGAAUGUCGUCUCAUCAUUGCCAACAAGGUAAAGCCUAUCAUGGCACUGGAGUGACCGACGCGGAUGAAAUACCCGAACUGGUUCGAAAUCCACUUUCGUUUGAUUCUCCGACGUCAUCUGUGGAGGUUUCCCCGAGGCAUACCCCUUCUUCGACUAAACGCAUUCUUCCAUCAGUUCCAUCCUCACCUCACCAACACCGCCCUCAUCGUCACCGAUCGAACAGUGGACAAAGUAGUCGAUCGUCUUCAUCAUCCCCUUCUCGUCAUAAUACAGCUGUCUCGGGCAGUCCUCCUGGCAGCGCAAGCGAUAUUGCUAAAGGAAGUCACAAGAAAAUUCUGCCUCCAUCUCCCAUAGUCAUUGAUUCUCAUGUUCGAAGUACAAGGAAAAAAGUGGAUGGAAGUAGUGGCAAUGUUAAGUCUGCACCAGUCUUCCCCAGUCCAGCCCCUUUUGUCACCGAACGUUCAAUUUCAUGUCCAUCUCCAUCAUCUAGUGGACCAGGCAGCCCGGCCCGUGCUACGCCAGCAUCACCAUAUCUGGAUACCAGAAGGAAAGAUGAUAUCGUGCUCCCUCCAACCAGGACAUCAGCUGCUGCCCGAGCCCGUUCCAAUAAGCAAUCUUGUAAUGUCACAUCAUCAUUAUCAACAACAACUACAGCUAACACUACGAUUAAUACUACCGUUACAAGUAGCAAAAACACCAACUACAAAAAUAUUGUGGAAGCUGAUAAACACAGAUCUUAUUUACUGUCGGAUCAAAAACCUCCGAAUGAUUUAACUUCCUAUACUCGUGGGACCACAUCAUUCAGUAAUGUUGCCGGAGACGGUCUUCCUAAACCGUCUGGGGAGACGAAACACAGAUCUUCCUCAAGCGAUAAACAUAACAUAAGUAACAUUGAUAAUAGUUUUAUUCAAAACUUUUAUAAAACCAACCAAAAACUUGUUCAGUUAAGGGAUUCUCAACCCACAUAUAGGAUUUCAAGUAAGCACAGAGUCGGCCACGAUAUCGCUGCUGAUAUUCGAAGUGGUUACAACACUAGUCCUAUUCUUAGAAGUACCGACACGAGUAGCAAUAGAAAACACACAAACUACAGCCACACUCUUGGUAGUAACACCGCGUAUACUGAUUACAAAGGUAACUACAGUAGUUUUAGUAAAGAUAGUGGUUAUGGUAGCGCCGGUAACACGAGCGAUUAUGGAAGUUAUUCAAGUAAAUCCAGCAGUCACAAUAGAGGAAAAGUCAAAAGCCAUGACAAGAAAAUGAAAGGUUCCAGUGAAGAGGUGUUCUGUGUGGAAGAAAAACCCAACCGCCCUUCUUCCAAAGAACAUGUCUACUAUACAGCUGACCGACCGAGUCGUAGUAAGAUACCUACAAGUAGUGGGAGCAGCCACCGUGCCAGUAGUGUACCUGCCCGACGUUCUAUGUCAGUUAGUGAAUUUGCAAGUACUUCAAUAGACCCCUCGCCUAGUAAUGGCCAAUCUGAAGGGGAAAACCUUGAAAAAGUCAAAUCAAAACUCAUGUCUAUGUGGAACAAUGUAAAAUAUGGUUGGACGUUGAACCGAAAGACAAGUUUUCGCUAUGACAGCCCUAUUUUCCUCCUUGGAGAACAUUAUCAUAGAAGACAUGAUGAUGAAGUUGAUGGCAGAGGCAAAGAGAUUGGUCAGAGUAAUCGCGUGAACAACAUGGAGCUGUUUAAAAUGGAUUUUGCAAGUCGCCUCUGGUUUACAUAUCGGCGUGACUUUGAACCUUUUAAGGGCACUAAGUUCACAACAGAUUGUGGGUGGGGUUGUAUGAUACGGUCUGGGCAGAUGAUGUUAGCACAAGGAUUUAUUACACAUUUUUUUGGCAGAGGUUGGCGGCUUCAGCAUCGGGAUAAAGACCUGAAUGUUUACCGCCAGAUUAUUAAAUGGUUUGCAGACUACCAACAGUGCCCCUUCUCUGUACAUCAGCUAGUGGAUAUUGGCUCAACUCUAGGACGGAAGCCUGGAGAAUGGUAUGGGCCAGCAACUGUAGCUACAAUGCUGAGAUUGGCAAUGGAGAAGAGUUAUGAGUGCCAACCUGUUCUAAGGGAGAUUUGCGUGUAUGUAGCUGCCGACUGCACUGUUUAUUUACAAGAUGUAGCAGAUUUAUGUAUGUCUGGCAACAACAACACUUUGUUGAAGGUGCCUAACAACAGUGAUGGAAAUGAAGGGAACCAUGAAGUGCCUGAGCCUGAUUCUGGAAACCGCUGGAAACGGGCAGUGGUGGUCCUUAUUCCUGUUCGUCUUGGUGGAGAAGCCCUUAACUCUGUGUACAUUCCAUGCCUUCAGAGUCUGCUUGCAGAAGAACAUUGUAUCGGUAUUAUUGGUGGUAAACCAAAGCACUCUCUCUAUUUUGUUGGUUGGCAGGAUAAGAAGUUGAUAUACUUUGAUCCUCACUAUUGCCAAGACAACAUUGAUGUGAUGUCUGGAGAUUUCCCAUUUUCAUCAUUCCAUUGCACAACCCCAAGGAAACUUCCAUUUGAAGACAUGGAUCCCAGUUGCACCAUAGGAUUUUAUUGUCGCAACCAAGGAGAAUUUGAAAAAUUUGUAACCCAAAGCAAAGAUCUGAAACAAAAAGGACUCUACCCAGCGUUUGCAUUUGUUGAUGGCCGAAGUGGUGACUUACAAAUGGACAAAUUAGAAUUAAAUGAAGAACGCUACCUCCGUAUCCGCUAUGUUGACCAAGAUGGCAAACUAAAGCAGCCGACCAGUGAAAGUGAUGACUUUGUUGUCCUAUGAAUAAGGAAUGACAUCAUCAUCGACCAGAACGAUAACAGUGUUUCCUACACUGUUUCAGUCUCUAGAAAUAUUUGUUAGUAUUUAUAAAUCAUUGUCAGUUUGGUAGGCACCAAAAUUUACCAUUUUUAUGUUCUUAUGAAAAAAUAUGUCCCCACGUUUUUUUGUUUUUUUUUGGCAAUUUGUUUGUUUGUGUUUAUAUUCCAUCCUUAUACCGAGAGCUAAACUGCUCUGUUAUUGCUAUAUCCCACCUGUCAUUUAUUGAUUCCUUCUUCAUUAAAAUCUUGGUUCCUUGUUCUAUAGUCAUUUCAAAUUUCAUUUCCUUCAUCUUUCUUUUGCUACCCACUAAGCUCUUUUCAGUUCCUUAAUUAUUAUCUCACUUGAUGUUAGACUUACUUUCCUCUUCCUUUUGUUACUAAUUCCUCCCUUGCCAUAUUCCAUCAUCCCUUUCAAUUAUUUCCUUGUUAUUGCUACCUCUUUCCUUUUCCCAUUUGCUCAUCAUUGAUCUUAUCCCUUUCCUCGUCUCAAACCUCAUCUUUACUCCAUCCAGUUUCCUCCAUUGUAGGUCCUAACCUCCAUCCGUCACUCUUUCUUCCCUGCCCAACCUUAUUCAGUAUCCUCAACUUCUUUAUUCCCUACCUCUUCUUUACCUCCGUAUUCACUUCUGUCUUUUGUUGAUUGUCUGAUGCAUCAGUUUCUCUCAUUCUUUCUCACUAAGUAAGCCUGUGAAUAAUUUGAAUCCUAUUCUCCCAAAUCAAACAUAUAUCAAUGUCAACAAGUAAACAUCACUAUUCAUCGACAGCAGCAACACUAUGACCACCACCACCACCAGCAAUGCUAGAGGUCUAAGACUUGCAUGAGCAUGCAUGCUACACUAGGAAAGCUAAAACCUUUUCACCCCACAGUAAAGCCUUCAAUGUAGACCACAUUAAUGAUGUAUAUUCUCAAAAGUUAGCAGACUACUCAAAAUUUUGCUCUAGGCUGGACUGUUCAAGACUAUUGUGAACUAAUGCAAAUGGUCCUGCCAAGGACAAAACUGAGUCAAUUAUCAGCUUUUAACCUUAACAUAUCUAUUCACUCUAACAAGCAUAUUGAACUCUAUGUCAAAUAGAGUCUGAACUACAUAAAACAUGUAUUUAAUAUAUUUUACAAUUCUUACACUAUGAUACACACAAACAUAUAUAUAGGGUUAUUAUAAAGUUCUUAAGCAAUUUUAAACAUGAAUAACUUCAGUUCUACAUAUCAUAUAAUUUAUCUGUGAAAAACGGUUAAGUGAAAGAAAGUAUUACAUUUUUAAUCGAUUUAUUCUUAAAAUUAUUCCUUUUCAACAUGUCCACCAUCAUUUCAGUUCUGAAGUUCUAAAAAUAUGUUCAAAUCACGUUAAUUAUCCUAGCACCCAGGUCAUCUAUCAAGUGAACUUUAAUUAAGUAAACAAUAGCCUUUACAUGUUCCUAUAAAGUAAAGUGAAGUAACUAUUAAACAUUUUUUUUUUAAUUAAAUAAUUUUAAUGAAUUUUUGAUUGAUAGCAAUAAAAUUCAUGCAUUUAGCUUUUAAAUGGUUUUUACAUAUUAAUUCUAUCAUUUGCAGCAUACCGAAGUUAUAAGAAUUUAGGAUAUCAAAUUGUACAUUAUAGUUACUCUGUAUGUAUCUCUCUCUCUAUCUAUCUAUCUGUAUAUAUAUAUAUAUAUAUAUAUAUACAAGUAUGUAUAUUUAUGUGUGUAGCAUCCAGCUGUAGAAACCAUAUCAAAUCAGACUGAAGUCUGGUGCAGCCUCUCAGCUUGCCAGCAUGGACAAUGGACAUUAACUGAUGAUGAUGAUGAUGAUAUAUAUAUAUACAUACACACACAUGCACAUAGACAUAUAUUAGAAAGAAGACGAAAGCUACUCUAUUUAUAAUGUUACAAGGCUGUAUUAUAAGCCAUUAUGGUCGUAAGUUCACAUCUUACAAUAACCAUUGUAAUCUGCACUGAUGCAAAGGUACAUAAGGCCUGUUGCUUCAGUAUGCGUAGGUGGUGGAAAAUAGAGGUUUUUUUUUUCUUAAUAGAAAGGGCAUCAAUAUUUUAGCAAGAAAAAAUAACAUACCAUCUAUACAAAUACAUAUAUCAGUUAUGUUCCAUGAGUAAAUACUCAUAGGCAGUAGGCAUUAAAGUAAAUUUUCAAAAGGACGUUUAUGAGACAAUAUGUGAAAAUGUCUACUCUCAAAUAUAUAUAUAUAUAUAUAUUUGUUUACAUACAUCUAUAAGUACAUAAAAAGUUUGGAUUGUAUUUAAAAAUGCAUGCAAACACUAUUUUAUAAGGAAGAUAUUAGAUACAUAUUUGUGUAUGUAUAUAUAUAUAUAAUUUAUAAUAUAUUAUUACUGUUUUAUACAUUCACAUAAUAUGAUAUAUCUCUUAAAAUUAGCUCAAUCGUUAGAAGCAAACAAGCAUGCAAUGUAACUCACACACGUGCACUCCUCACUCUGUAAUGACACCCCAAGCAGUUUUCAUUCUACAUUUUAUACCUUCUGCAGCAUGUGGGACUAACAAACUUUAUGCGUUAGUCUAUACAUUAUAGUUGAAGGGCAGUAGAUAUAGCUGCCUGACACCAAAAUUUAACCAUUUACUGAAUUGUACACUGAAUUCCAUGCAUUAAUUUAGCAUUUUCAUAAUGAAUUAGAAGUCAUUUACCCUUUAUAUUAAAUAAUUAAUAUGUAUAGUUUCAAUCUGGAUAGGCAUUGCUUACUUUGCCUACCCAGAUGGUACACUCUUGCUACACACACACACACAUAUAUAUAUAUUCCUUAACUUGAUGUAUGUCAGUAAUAGUAUUUGGGAGACUAGUUCUGGUCUGCAUUGUUCUGGUUUCAAAUCAGUAUGAAGCAAAACAUUGAGAUUUGUUGGUGUGCAACGAGGAGAAGAAAUAUCUUAAUGUUUUGGUUCAGGCGCCUCCUUCAAAGAAUUGCAGUAUUGUUUCUUGUAAAGGCAAAGUGGUUGAGAAUAAAAUUAAAUGAAUUGAUUAAAGGAGAAUAAGGUAGACAAAGAAAAAUGCUGCAUUUUCAUGGAUGAAAGAUUGCUUGAUGUUGGAUAUUGAUGAUACUCCUCAUAACAUGCUAACAUAUCAUUUAUUUUCUUUUAAAUACUGGUAUAUUGUUGUGGUUGUAUAGCUCCAGGUCAGUCCUGCUCUUGCAGACCUAUGAUCAAAGAUGUCACAGCAUGUGAUCAUCACUGUCUUUUAUUCAGACAUAGUGUAUCUCAACUUUUUUUUUUUUUUUAAAGAUGGUAGAGUGUAAUUUGAGGAAGAUUUGGCUGCAAUUUUCAGCAUGUUGAGUGACUAACUAUAAGAGGUUUCCUAAUUAGUUUGAAAUACCUAUAUGUAUUUUUUUUUCUAUAUGAAAUUUAGGAGCCUCGAUAACAAAAGCCAAGCCCAGUAAUAAGCUGAAAAUGAGAAACUAAAAUUUUACUAUCAUCAAACCUUUUUUUUCUUUCUUUUUUUUUUUUUUUAAACUUUUUCAAAAUUCCAAAUGUAGAAAUGGAACUUGUACAUUGUUCUGUGUUGGUGGUGUAGGGAUGGGUGGGGUAUACAACAAACACACACACAUGCACGCACAAAAAGAAAAAAAAAUGGAUCAGACACGCUCAUCCUGCUAAUUCUAUGACUUGAACCUAAAGAUAUCUCAUUAACAAAGCUUUGGAAUUCAUAAUGAAAUUGUAGUUUUUCAUGGGCGGGUACAGGUUUGUUAAGCAUAAGUAUGUGUGAUUGUAUGUGUGUAUAAGAGUCUGUACAUAUAAAUGCUAUUAUUGUAUAACAAAUAUUUAUUUGGCACUCUGCCAUCUCACUCUCUUUGACUUGUUUACUUAUAUUAGUUAAAUCUUUAUAGCUCAGUUCUCUCCUUAUCUAUCAAUUUGUCUACCUCUUAUUCAUAUGUUUUAGUUACCUAAAAAUCUGUCAGUCUCCCAAGUUAUCCACAAAUACCCCUGUCUACUUCUAUUAAUCUACAUAUACCUUAUUUAUUUACCUAUGAAUCAGCCUGUGUCUAAAGAAAGUAUGUGUGUGAAAUUGAGAAAUUUAGUUUGUUUUUCUUUUUUUUUUUUGUUGUUGUUAACGAAUUUGUUAAAUUUAUUCUAUUGUUAAUCAUAGCUCAUAAAACAAACCAAAUAAUUCACACAUACAUAUAUACAAAUGCACACACCCUCACACAAACAAAUGAAAUGAAAUUAUCCUAUGAAAAUCUUACACAAUCAGAAUUUAUCAUUACAAUACAAGAACUUCAUAUUAUUAUAAUCUUUAGGAUUUGGACUUGUGGACAUUUGUGCAAGGAUAUACCUGUAAUGGGACAGGCAUUUCGUGCCUUUGUCACUGUUGUUCAUCAUUGCUUUUACCAUCUUUUAGUAUUUGAGAAAGAGAAAAAAAUUCCUAUUUAUGAAACCA